AUGUGGACAUUACUAAUAAUCACUUUAUUAUUCCAUAUUGUUUCGGUGAUUUUACAUAUUGAUGAUACAAUCCCCUUCAGUAAAAUAAUACUGGAUCUAAUCAGGAAAAUUAUGUACGAUAAAAAUAACAUUUUUGCUCAAAUCAUUGCAAAAACUACCUCAGCUAGAAUAGUUUAUGAAGAUGAAGAAUUAUUAGCAUUUAAUGAUAUAAAACCUGUGAUGCCUACACAUAUAAUAAUCAUACCUAAAAAGGAAUAUAUUGAUUAUAAUGAUUUUAUUACUAAUGCUUCUGAUAAAGAGAUUAAAAACUAUUUUACUAAAAUUGCUUAUAUUGCUAAAACUCUUGGCUUAGAUAAAGAUGGAUAUCGUCUAAUCACUAAUAAUGGCUUAAAUUUAGGACAAACAAUUUUCCAUUUCCAUUUUCACCUUAUCAGUGGAAAUAAUAUUACUAACUUAAUAUAA